AUGGAAUUCGUUAUUACCAAUACCAAAGCACAACAGUCUUCAACUGAGAGCUUCAUGGAUUUCGUUGACAGGGUAUUGCUUCUUCGUAGUAACAUGUCAGAUACUAAGAGAUUCUGUAUCACCUGUAAGGGUCAAUACUUUGAUGACCAGCGGAUAAAAGAUUGGAUUGCUACAGCAAUUAAGUGUCGAGUUGAAGAGCUCGUUCUCGGUAGGUUUGCCAAUGAUGAAGACUACUCGGAUAUAAUGCCUGUCGACCUUUACACUUGUGAAUCACUGACUUUGCUAGACAUAGAAUUUCAUUAUGGUACUCUUCAUCUUCCACAAACAAUACUCUUUUCAAGACUUAAGAUACUCCGGCUAUCCGAAAUUUCGUUUUGUGAUGAGGAAUUCAUUCAACAACUCUUUUCUGGCUGUCCUGUUCUCGAGGAAUUGAGUUUGAAAUAUUGUGCUUGGAAGGAUUUAAAUUUCAUAUCGUCUACAUUGAAGGUAUUAACUCUGGUCGAUAGUUUACUAAGAUCUGAGCAUAAAUCUGUUUUUCCUGUCAUAACCAAGAUUGAUGCACCAAAUCUAAUGUCUCUCAAAAUCGAUGAUUGUCUAAAAAAUACUUUAGUGGUGCAUAGCUUUCCGUCACUAGUGGAUGCACAUAUACGCCUCUCGCAUAGUAUGGGAGAUGACGGGAUGGAUGUUGUUCUAAAUUUUUUGAACAAGCUCUCUAAUGUAAAGCACUUGAAAGUAACAGGUUACAUCUUUGAGGAUCUGGAAACGGCAAAUCUUGUAUCUACAAGUUUACUUGCCUUUACUAAUUUGAUCACUUUGGAAGUGUCUAUUAUCAAGGCUGAGCAAGUUUUGAUUAUUGAUAAAGCUAAUAAGGAUGCUUUGACAGUUGAUGUAGUUCCUCAUUGUUUGUUGAUGAACCUCAAGUCAAUUAAGUUUCAAAACUUUGAAGGACAACGGAAUGAGCUGGAUUUGGUUAAACUAUUUUUACAGAAUGCAGGGGUUCUCCAGACAGUGACUAUUGAAAUUUCAUCAAAUUCUUUGGUGAACUCAAAGAAAAAGACACAUACCGCGAAAGAUGUAGAAGAUUUCAAUAAGCAAAUUAUGAGACAGUUAACUAAGUUUUGA